UAAAACAAAAUUCUAUGGUAAAAUUUUGUCAAGAUGUACGAGUUUACUAGAAAGAACAAGUCAAGACUUUAAAAAACGUGGGAAAACCAGGAAAAUUAGUGCUUUAAACAAAAAUAAAAAUAUACCUUCUUGUUUUUCUAUAGACAAUAGUCAUAGACAUCACUAGAGGAGUCCUCUCUGAAUUGCUUGUGGACGGCACAUCGUGUAAAAAUAUAAACAAUAUUUCACCAUGCAUGCAUUUUAUUCGAGUGUCAUGAGUAAAGUUUCACAUGGUUUUCGAUGAAAUCAAAUAAAACAUAAAUAAAUGUCUUGUGACAAUGCUAAAGCUUCGAUUGACACUACUAUUAAGUCAUAAAGCGGUGCGGUCGUAUCAUAAAAUGAAUGCUCACAAGAGUAGGCCAUUCACCGUGUUUGUGGAGGGAAACAUUGGCAGUGGCAAAACGACCUUUUUGGAACAUUUUCGUAGAUUUGAAGAUAUUACAUUACUGACGGAGCCUGUAGAAGAAUGGAGGAAUCUGAAGGGCUGGAAUUUACUAGACUUGAUGUAUAAAGACCCAUCAAAAUGGGGAAUGACGUUCCAGUCAUAUGUUUCCCUCACCAUGUUGGAAAUGCACCAGCGGUCCACUCCGACACCGGUGAAGUUGAUGGAGCGAUCCAUGUUUAGUGCACGGUACUGCUUUGUGGAGCACAUGAUGAGGAGUGGGAUCUUACACCCAGCUGAGUUUGCCGUUCUGGAUGAAUGGUUUAGGUUUAUGACCAAUCAGAUACAUAUUGAUGCCGACUUAAUAGUAUAUCUCAAAACAACACCAUCAGUAGUAUAUGAAAGGAUCAAGAAAAGGGCAAGAUCCGAGGAGCAGUGUGUCCCUCUGUCCUACAUCGAGGAACUGCACACAUUACAUGAAGACUGGUUAGUUAACAGGAAACAUGCGGAAUGCCCUGCUCCUGUCUUAGUAUUAGACGCCGACUUAGAUCUCUCCCAAAUUACUGAGGAAUACAAGAAGAGUGAACAUCAAAUACUAAGGAAGGCUGUAGACGUGGUGAUGAGUUCACCAAAUAAGAUGAGCCCAAAGAAACCCAUUACCACAUCCCCUAUACAAAUAGUACCCCAAAGAAGAAUAUUGUAGUAUUAAGCUAACUUUUUAUUUAAUAAUGAUUAUUUAAUUGUUUAUUUGAUAGGAUUUCUGUUUACUGACUUUUAUUUUAGUUACUAGAGUAUCUAUGGGUUUGUUCAUGAAGAAACAAAGAUUAGCAAGACUGUUUGUGAAACUGCAAACAUUCUGACAUUUAUUUUGUUAGGUGUUUGUGCUUUCUUAUCGGCAGAAUACAUGAAACAGAAUCAAGUGAUUUCUGUGAUUGUAUUACUGUCCUGCACAUUCCACUGCCUAAUAUUUUCCUAGCAAUUUCUUUUGGCCAUAAAUGAUUUUGUUUUUCUUAUGCGCCUGAUGACUAGAGCCCUAUUUAUUGCAAGAUGUAGGUCGUCUUCUUUUCUCCUACGCCGAUAUUUCCUGCUUAUUAACUUCAUAUCUACAACAUGUUUAGUGGAGAAUAUUAUCCUUACUUUCCAUGUUGCGCAUUGUGUGUUUAUGUAAUCAAACUUCAUGAAUAAGCCCUAGUAAGGCUUACAAUUAAAACACAAAUACAAUCUCCUUACUAUUAGACUGUGCUUUAAGUAUUUAUUAUGUCAUGAAAUUUUAGUAAAUAAGUAUGUUUAGUACAUAUUUCUGAAUGUAUGUGUGUAUAAUAUGUAUUACAAUUUCGCAUUUAAUUAAGUUUCUAUUUGUGUUUGUUAUGACAUGUUUAGUUGUAAUCACUGUAAAGGUUUUCUUUAAUAUAAAUAUAUCUGACUA